ACACUGCACUCCCUUCCUGUCCGCUCUUUCAGGGUGACUGAGUGUUAUUUAGUGUAGCUGUAAUUCAAUCUUUCUCCAUCUUCCACCAUGAAGAUCUACAAAGAUAUUUUCACCGGUGAUGAGAUGUUCUCAGACACCUAUAAAAUAAAACUGGUCGAUGAUGUCCUGUACGAAGUAUACGGCAAGGUGGUCACUCGCAAGACGGGAGACAUAGACAUCGCUGGGUUCAAUCCAUCCGCCGAAGAAGCCGAUGAAGGAACCGACGAAGCAGUGGAGUCCGGCGUCGAUGUAGUUUUAAAUCACCGGCUUCAAGAAACUUUUGCAUUUACGGACAAAAAAUCGUAUACCUUGUACUUGAAGGAUUACAUGAAGAAAUUGGUAGCGAAGUUGGAGGAGCAGGCACCUGAUCAAGUGGAUGUUUUUAAAACAAACACGAACAAAGUUAUGAAAGAUAUAUUGAGUCGCUUUAAGGACUUGCAGUUCUUCACUGGCGAAUCUAUGGAUAUCGACGGUAUCGUCGCUCUGAUGGAAUACCGCGAGAUCGACGGUGACUCCGUGCCUGUACUAAUGCUAUUCAAACAUGGUCUUGAGGAACAAAAGUUCUAAACGAUUUUAGGUAUCCAACAAAUUGUGAAAAAAAUAUGAUAAACUUAAAAAUCAAGACUGCACACACGCUGAAAGGCUUGUGAAAUUUAGUUAAAGGACGACACGAUUUUACUUCCAAUCUCAUUUUACUAACGCAGUUAACUUAUUCGUUUAAAUACCGAUUGAUAUAUGACAGUGACAAGAGAACAAAUAAUAAUGUACAUAUAGCAUGGCCGAAGGGAGGAGGGCGAUGAACGUUCGUCCCUCCAAUCACAUAGUAAUCUGUAUCGGAUCCCGCUAAGGCGUUUGUAAUAUUAUUUUCUACUUACUUUUUAAUUCGAUCCUUAUUGGAGCAUACACGAUUCGGAAAUGGAAGAUGGGGAAAGAAGUUUGCAGCCACGGAAAUACGAGGAUAUCUCUUAAUUAUUGUUAACAUCAGAAGAAGAGUGUCAGUGGAUAAAUAAAUAACUGCGUCUGAAACAUACUCUGUAUAAUGUCCAUUACGAAUAAAAAUGGUGUUUUCGUAA